UGUCGUCGUCGUAGUCGCAGUCGCUAUGCCUUCUUCUUUUUCCUUGUCCGGGCCGCUCUGUCCAAUUCGUUCGACCGUUCGUUCGUUCGACCGCAAAAGCGAAUGCUCCUGUACGUAGGGCGUGUAUGUGUGCAAGUCCGUUCGUCGUCUUGUCUUGUCCUGUCUUGACACAAGCAAGCAAGCAGUCAGGCAAUCCAGGCACACAGGACGCGCACGCACUAGCGGCGAUCCGCGUCAUACCUCCGCACACUCUCCUGCUCUGGCACUCUCAACUCCGUCCCGAAACUCUCCCCUCUCCGCCGCGGCACACGUUCACAAGCACAAGCACACUCGUACCCGUCCUCGAGUCCACACGCAGGCAGCAAACAACCGCCCCGCGCCCCGCGCCCCACGACCACGAGCCAUGGUCGCGCGCGCCCGUGACGUCAUGCAUGUCAUGCCCGGCGGGCCCAAGACCAAGCCCGGCAAUCGGAGUGCGGGUUACGGCGGAGGCGCGUCCGGGGCCAGCAAGCGGAAGGAGGCCGGCGCUGGGGCUCGUACAUACCUACCUAGGAAGGGCAUGGGAUGGGAGCGCCUUCUCGUUUGGGUGGGUGGGUGAGAAAUGGAAGAGGAAAGAGCGAUGCUGAGGAAAGAGGAAAGAGGAACUCGUAAGAGGCCGCCCUGGCCCCAGUCACUGCCUACCUACCUAGGUAGGUCAGUC